AUGGGUUCGGCGCAAGUCAUAUCAUGUCCACCAACUCCACUGGCUCUAGUCAAAGCCGCGGAUUCCCGGCCGAAAAGUUGCUUUUUGGUUGGGCCACACGAGAGUGUCCAAAUCCAUGGUUUCAGUGGAGCUUCUUCGACCGUGGAUUAUCGUAUAGACCACAAUAUAGCUUUUGCUCGGGCCGAUCGGACGCCAUUAACGACGGUCCAUUACCAUGCAUCUUUUUCACUACGGAGGUAUCCUAAUCGCGAUCGAUCUCCAUCCGCAAUGGCGAACCAACAAAAUGUUGAUUCAAGGCCGUGGAUUCUCGAUGUCGUCCCUUUUAUCGUUGUUAUUCUAAUUACGGCGCAUGUUCUCGCUUUGGUCUACUGGAUUUACAGAUUAGUGACGGAUAACAGGCCUCAAAGGAGGAAAGCACAUUGAAGAACAGUUUGAUUUACUUGACGGAAGAUAAGAAGGUUAGUGGAACCCUAAUUUGUUGAAUGUUUUUGAAGCUCAUAGCUGCAAUGCUAACAGAAAAACGUGUUUGGUACCAUUUUUAUUACUGGUUACUGUACCUAACAGUCGUGAAUGGUAUAUAACAGAUCCUUUCUUUAAUGUCGAUCGAAUUUGGUUGCCUCCUCUGUUCAAGUGUUCAUCAUUUGAUCUGAUUGAUCUGUUUACCUGUAGCCGACUCUCUAGUUUCCCGCCACGUUUUGUAGAGAUAUCAAACCGUUUCUUCAAUUUUUGCUUGUCAAGGCCUACAGUAAAGUAAAAGUGAACAUAGUGUACAUCUGUAGGAGCAACGUUAGAAACUUAUAAUCGUCAAUAAAGGUCGUGACAUUCAAUGAAUGGUUAAACUUAACCUUUCAAUUUCGAGGGAAUUAUGAAAUUGAAGCUGGAUUGUAACUAAUAGAUCUCAUUGAUGCACAUUUUUCUUUCUCACUUGCACAUGUAGCAUUGUCAGGUUCCUUCUAGUUGUUGAAGUAUUGAUAUGUAACCCAUUAGCUCAAGCUUUUAGACUGAGUGGUGAUUAGCAUAGUAUCAAAGUAGCAGGUUUUGUGUUUCCCUCUAA